ACUUCUCAUCUGGCUCCGCAUCCACGGCUGCCACAAGCCCUACAUCCGGGGCUCGGAAAGGUUGGCAUCUCUAUAGAUAUUGAGGAAUAGACAGGCGUUACCUUCCAGGUCCGCCGCGCCACUUUGACACGGACGGAGAAGUCUCACCUGCGCCUGGAAACCAGACACCGUCAGUGCUGGGUAGCCACACAUCAGCAUAACCCCCUCAUUCAGCUCGUAAACCCGUCCCGGCGGCUGCCGGGUGGUAUGAGCGGCAAGUCCACGGCACCGCAGGCUUACCACAUAGGCGCGCGUUCGGAAUAUUCAUAGCAAAUGCAGAGGGUGUCAUUACCCGCUAAGCUGCCAGUAUGCCUAUCAUAAACGGGCAGAAGAUGGCCUGUGCGCCGUGCAUACGUGGUCAUCGCUCCACAAAAUGCAAUCAUUUCAACGAGCGAGUCAUGGUUCCGGUCCGGAAGCCCGGCCGGCCGCUUAGCACUUGCCCCUGUCCACCCGGCCGGCCCUGUGCCUGCGGAAGUGUGCGAGUUGCGAUACCUAAGAGGCAAAAAUGCGCAUGCCCAACAGAUGGCUCGAGCAAGGCGCAUAGUACAGAACAAGAGCAGUCGCCCUCCGAAACCCCGUCCCCAUCGCGGUCUUCCUUCCGGGUUGCCAAGCUAGGUUCUAGCUCCAAAACUCGUGGCCGGAAGCAGUCCGUCGACGCAACUAACCUGGAGAGGAUGGACCCUGGCUCCUUGAACUGGAUAUCAAUUCCGGAUGGCAACGGCAUACACGGCGGAAUUGCGAUGGUGAGCAGCGAAGCUCAAGGCUCCCCGCAUGGCCACAACGGCUUCGGACCGGGUAUCGGGCUAGUGCCGGCCGGCCCUGGCAGCCCGUAUUCAGCCCCGCAAAGCCCGAGUUUUGGUUCGCCAAUAGCUUACAGCAUGGGAUUCCAAUAUCCCUCAUCGAACCAACUUCGGCCCGGGCUCAAGAUGGAGGACAACGGAAUCGGCGGUACUUCAAGCACCUUUAGUUCCAUAAUGCCACCCCCAGCUUUGAUCAAUGGAAACCACGCACCGCCUUUUGUCGGAGUUACCCCGCAGUCAGCCCUGCUAGGAGCAGCGUUGCUGCGCGGGACUAAUGGCAACUUAUCUGAAGCUAGCAGUUGUUGUAGCAACAAGAGCGAUGGCCCGUCUCCGGAUUUAAAUGCGUUGCCGGCACAGCAGCAGGGCUAUGGACGGUCAUACAUGACCCAAGUACAGUCUCCGGUGGAAACCAAGGCCAAUGGCAGCACGCUCGGGGGUGGCGGCUGUUGCUGCAACAAGAAAAACGAACCUUCCCCGAGCCCCCGCGCAAUUGCAGCAUCUCAACAGGGAUAUGGACAGUCGUAUAUGUCCCAGUUUCAGCCUCCAGGAGAUAUGAAGCUGCAGUCACAAGGCUUCCAGUAUCCGACGGUCUUUACCUAUCCGGCCGAUUACGGUUCUUGGCAGCACCCAAUCAACCCGGCAAUAUGGCAACAGGUUAUAUCGCAAUUUAGUACCACGGCGGGCACCAGCAUGCCAAUGAUGGCUACCACCGACGGUGAAACAGGAACCCUAACCACCAGUCACCAGUGCAACUGCGGCGAUGGCUGUCAAUGUGUCGGCUGUUUGGCGCAUCCCUUCAACGCGCAGAUGUACCAGUACGUCAGUGAUGCCUACCGCGUGCGAACGAGCAACGGCACUGCCAAUGGCGGGGGCGAAAACGGCCCCAGCAACGGCCCCGUCCCGGGCGCCGCAGGUUUCGAUGCGACAGGACAAGCACAGGCAGUGGCCGGGCAUGACUCGCCGCAAGAUGUCCAGACGCCAAGCGAAGGCACUCCUGGACGCGAAGAGGAGGCGCUACCAACGCAGGACUACUGCUUUGUCGAUCUACCGUUGUGGGAAGGGUGCGGAGGUGACCUGGGCUCCUGUCCUUGUGGGGAUAGCUGCGAAUGCGUUGGAUGUCUGGUUCAUAAUAAUCCGCUUCCACAGAGCUAGGUGCGAGAUGGGACAUGGUUGCCAAGACGUUGGGGGUAUGCGUUAUGCCUUGACAAGUGUGGAAUAGAGCAUACCAUGGCAUUUAGGGCGGCUUGCGUUGUUGAAUUCGUUACCGUUUGAUACCUAUGAGAUACCCAUGCUUAGGGCGGAUA